GGGAGGUGAUGGCUGAAAACCAGCAGGGACAGGUUUGGAAAAGGCAGCUGAGGGAAAACCUGCCUUUGUGCAAGAAAGUGUUGACCCAGAGGUAACCGUGUGGAAAGGAGGAGCAUAUCAAAGUUACAAAUGAGACCUGUCUGCCAUCAGAUCGACCAGAAUCCAAAUGAAUCACCUAAAAGUGAGUCAAGUUUUGCACACCAUUCUGUUAAUUUGAACAUUUGCUUGACAUUUUUUUUUUCCAUGGAGAGGUGGACAGGAGCAUUUAUUAUAAAUAUAACUGCACCUGUUCUGUGGUGAGAAAAAAAGCACCUGCACUUCCUGAACACAGAACUGCUAUUGCUGGGACGUGGGGGGUGCUUAAUUUAUCAGGUUCUGGGUUUCUGAGCUCGGAAUACACUAAUGUGAUUCCGGCUGCUCUUCUGGAAGGGCUGCCUGUAGUUUUCCAAAGCAGACUGUUUCCAUGUGGCUGAGUAAUAACAUGAUUUUUCCCUUGGGAAAGCUGGGAGGCUGGGCUGGGUGCUCUGAGAGGGAUGACAGGUACACACAAACACAGGAUGAGAAUUCAAAGGCGGAUAAGUAGAGAUUGCCUUAAAAACCCUCCCGAUGUGGGGUCCUCGGGUGUCGAAAAAUCAGAAUUGCUCCUUGUCUGGGACGCAUGGAUCUAUUUGCAUACAAGGAUGGGUCCAAGGAGUGCAGAGGUGGAUUCAGGUGUCAGGUGUACUUUCCAUGUGUUUUUUUUUCCCCUCGUGCAAGAUGACCACAAAGACAGCAACGGUACGGGGCUGUGCUUUUAGGGGAAGAAAAAACCCCGAGGAGGAAAAAAAAAAAAGGCUAUUUUCCCCCCUCUUUUUCCAUGUGGCAUCACUGAUUGCGGAGAGCUGCCACGGCCGGAACCCCCUCCCCGGGGGCUGCGGGAGGUAUCACCAUCUCAUGGUGGGCGUUGGGCCGAUCCCGCUCGGGACCAGGAACGGGAAGGGGCCGGGCUGAGCUGCCGGGCGGAGCAGCGGAAGGAGAGCGGUGGAAGCGGAAGGGGCGGUGUGGAGGAGCCGGAGGAGCCGCGGGAGCCAUGCGGACCCGGCGCGGCACCGUCCUGCGGCCGCCGGCACAGUCCCCCGAGCACGACCAUGGGCUGGACGAGGCGCCCGGCGGCAGCGCCGGCCCCGAGGAGCUGGCGGACGACGUGGAGCAGUUCCACGAGGCGCAGUUCCGAGCCGUGAUGGCAGCCCUGGACAGCGGCGAGGAGGCCGGGGACAGCGGCGACGAGGAGGAGGAGGAGGAGGAGGUGCUGGGGCUGCAGCUGCCCGAGGAGGACAGCGAGGAGGAAGAAGAGGAGGAGGAGGAGAAGCAGGGGCUGGAUCUCUUCGUGGACCACAGCGCAGAGGAGGAUGAGGAUGGAGACGCAGAGGAAGAUGAGGAUGGGAAAGGUGAGGAGGAGGAAAAUGAGGUUGAGGAUGAAGAUGGGGACCUGUCCAUGGAAAGCGACUUGGAGGAGAAGCGACCGGACACCAAGCUCCCCCACGAGCUCUCCUGGGGCCAGCGGAAGCAGCUGUACUAUGACACGGACUACGGGAGUGAUGCCCAGGCCAAGGGCAAGCGGAGCCAGCAGGAGAUCGAUGCCGAGGAGGAGGAAGAGGAGCAGGAGGCUCAGGUGAUCCAGAGGCGGUUAGUGCAGGACUUGGGGGAGGAUGACUACGGGCUGGAUAUGAUUCAGGGCUACCUGGCUGAGCAGCGCAAAACCCACGAUAGCACGGGGCAGAAGAUUGACAAGAAUCUGCAGGCCCUCUCCAAGAAGGAGCAGCUGAAGCUGCUGAAGCAGGAGUCCCCUGAGCUCCUGCAGCUGAUGGAGGACUUGGAAGUGAAGCUUAUGGAAAUCAAGGAUGAGCUGCUCCCACUGCUGCAGAUGGUCAAAGACGGCACUAUCCCCCAAGGGAAGGGCAGUCGCUAUUUGCAGACCAAGUAUCAUCUGUACCUGAACUACUGUGCUAAUAUCAGCUUCUAUCUGGUUUUGAAGUCCAAGAGGGUGCCAGUUCAUAGUCACCCCAUCAUCGAACGGCUGGUGGCUUACAGAAAUAUCAUCAAUGACCUUGCUGUCAUAGACCAGAAGUUAUCCCCACAGGUCCGUGUGCUUCUGAGGAGCUACUAUGACAAGAAGGAAAAGAGGUUACAGAAGGAAAACAAGUUUGCAGUGUUUCUCACCAUGGAUGGCAAGAAAAACAAAUCAAAACAGGCCUCUGCACUUGCUAAUGGCCAGGCUGCUGCUGCUGCUUCUGAGUCGUCAGGUGAGUCGGAGCUGGAUGAGGAGGCUGCCCUAAAAUACUACAAGAUGAUGGAGGAGAAGCUGGCACUCAAGAGGAAGAGACCUGGAGAUGAAGACGUGCUUGGAGAAGAAGCAGUGUCGGAAGCAGAGGAUCCCAGUAAGAAGAGGGGGGUGACCUACCAGAUGAUCAAGAACAAAGGCCUCACGCCCAAAAGGAGGAAGAUUGAUCGCAACCCCAGGGUGAAGCAUCGGGAGAAGUUCCGUCGUGCCAAGAUCCGCCGCAAGGGGCAGGUGCGGGAGGUGCGCAGGGAGCUGCACAGAUACGCCGGGGAGCUGUCCGGCAUCCGCGCCGGCGUCAAGAAGAGCAGGAAGCUCAAGUGACACUCACUUUUCUAUAAGAGCUGCCAGUAGCAGUCCUGAAUCCAAUAAAAGUUUUGUA